UGGAGUGGCCAGUCUAUAUAUUUCAACGUAAGCCCAAUGUUUUGAUACUGAUACUCAGUAAAACUAAACAGAUGGCGCGAACUCCAAGAUCACCCUUUGAAGAUUCUGUUGAUCAAUACAACCACACCUGGUUAGUCAGCUUCUUACUGGUUCUGGCUGCCUUCACCUUGCUUAUUCCUCUGGCAUUACGGUCUGUGGGAAAAGAGGCGUCAAAGGUUGGGGACGUCUCUAGCAUUAUGAGUGGAUACGCCACUGUUUGCUGGUGCCCCGCGUACUUUACAGGCAGCAUGGUGACUUACGCCCACAACGUGUGUCAAUUAGCAUUUGUCAGUGUGGCAACGAGGAGAGAAACUGGGACACAUGCAGGGGAAACCACAGAGAUUGACAACGAAUACAUUCCCGCAGAGUUAUUUAUCAUAUCAAACCUCAGCGACACGCAAUCGCUUAAAAGAUACGCCCCUGACAUUAAGACUGAGUCCAUGGAUAAAAAAGAAACUAUAAAGCAGGUCGACAGUUCUUUAGUAUACAUUACACCUGUGUUCUUGUUUGCGUGUGCUGUCGUUUUUAAAUGUGUUUAUGUGCUGUUUGUAUUUUAUGCAAACUCACUUGGUGCGAACAUGAGUUCUCUUAUCCUGGUCCGGAAGAGCGUUCGUAGUGAGCAGAUGAUGAAGGACCUUGCUCAUGUCAACAGCUCAGACUUGAGAACUUCUAAAAGAAUGGCGAUUGGUUUUAUCAUCUACAAACUCGCCCAGUGCACGCUUUGUCUCGCUGGUAUAUUGGUCGUCUAUUUUUAUUUAUUACCCAAAGCUACCAUUUCAAAUCAGGUCGUUACUGAUGUCAGUGACAAGUCCUUGGCUUAUAAGCAGGCCAACCUUUUAUGCGAAUUUUCGUUAGCUGGAAGGGAUGUGUACAAGCACACAGUCCAGUGCUCGUUCACUCGAGGAUCAUCUCUUACAAACGACCAGCCUAACGUCAGCCUUUUCUGGUCAGUAUUUACUGCACUACUUUUUGCAUUGGCUUUCUUAGCUCUGGUCAACACGGUCAACUUAACCCUCUGGAUUGUGAGGCUUUGUUGCAGACGUAGUACAGCCCGCAGCACUAAAGCCUUAUCUCUGGACUGUCGGCUUUUAAUGUGUCUGAUGGAGGAGCACCUUGACUUGUCGGAUUCGCAGAAAUUAGAAGAAUUCCUGCAAGAUGUUAAACCUGGCGGUGGAUCCUACAUUAAACUGACAAAGGAAACAGAAGAUAUAUAACACAAGCAUGUGUCUUCAGUUUCAUUCUCAUUUAACUCAAGUGUCAUUAAAUGGUUAAUGCAUAUAUUUAUAAAUGUAAUUAAAUUGAUAAUAAACAUGCUUAUCAUAGGCAAAAGACAGGAAUGGAGAAAGACGGUUGACAAAUCGUGUGUGGUGCCCCAACGGUCCAACAGACUAAUGGAUAGUGAAGUUGAAGCAUAUUUAUAAUUGUCAUUAAAUAAUUUAUUUAUUAUGGGCCUCCUUCAGUUGCUGGGCGACUAUGGAUAAUCUCAUACACAUGAGAUGAAUUGCAGGGCAUUUGCUAUGGUCGAAACGAUGUGGCCCACACUGCAGUACCCCCCUCAGUUCCACGCAGCUGAUGUAUCCAGAGUAACCGCAAGUAGCGAUAUAGUUUGAGAUCAGAGGCUUUGAAGCCUCUGCUAGGAUGUAUCACGAUGUGCCUGCCACAAGCUAGGCUUCACCGGCUCCUAAUUUUUCCUCAGGGUUCACCCCCUGAGCCUUUCCCAAGAUCGAGCGUAUCUGUAAGGUAGCAGAGGUUUGAAUUCUGAGUUUUCCUUCUCAUAGGUUGGUAGCAAGCCAAUAUC